AAUAACGACCAUCCCAUUUGAUAUUUUGUCCGUUGUUUAUUACUCUAGUGCUAUUUCUUUACCGUGUAGUGAAUACUGGUAAAGUUAAUCAAAGGGCGAGAUGGCGUCGACGCCGAUGAUGCCGCCGAACGCCGAUGGUAGUGCACCGGCGGCUCCACCGCUACCUGGGACGGACAUGACGAGCAUAUGCUUCAGAGACCAGCUAUGGCUGAAUACUUAUCCGCUCGACAGAAACCUAGUGUUCGACUAUUUUGCACUCUCCCCGUUCUACGAUUGGACCUGCAAUAAUGAACAACUCCGUGCCCGCGCCAUCCACCCGCUGGAUUUCUCUCAUAUUUCGAAAAUGACGGGCAUGGAAUACACUUUGAGUGAAGUAAUGGAGCCUAAUCUCUUUGUCAUCCGUAAGCAAAAGAGGGAUAGCCCUGAGAAGGUCACACCAAUGCUGACUUAUUACAUCUUGGAUGGUUCAAUAUACCAAGCUCCACAGCUCUGCAAUGUGUUUGCAGCUCGACUUGGGCGUGCUCUAUAUCAUAUAUCAAAAGCUUUCGGUACUGCAUCCUCAAAGCUGGAAAAGAUUGGAUAUGUGGAGUCGGAAAAUGAUAGCCAAGCAUCUGAAACUAAGCCCGCCAAAGAGGCCAUCGACUUCAAGGAACUUAAGCGAGUUGAUCACAUCCUUGCUUCUCUACAACGGAAGCUACCACCAGUACCUCCGCCUCCACCUUUCCCAGAAGGCUAUGCACCCCCUUCCACUUCAGAACCCUCUGAAAACCAGCAACCAGAGACUCAGCCGCCUCCAAUUGAUCCUAUUAUUGAUCAAGGCCCGUCCAAGAGAAUGAAGGUAUGAGAAGGGAGUGGUGUGUCAACCGUUGCAUAGGAGCAAGAAAUUUAGACAAGGUUAUCUGAAGUAAAAUGAUUAGUCUGAAGUUAUUGAUGAAUUCAUAAUUUCUAUAUUUUUGUGCCUUCAUUGCGAAGUUUGUAUAAGCACACAACAAGCAACACAGUAAUUUAUUGAAGUCACAUUCAAACAUUUGCAUUGCUACGAACUCAAACAGAGAAAUAUCACAUUCGUCUCCUCGA